AUGUUCAAAUACGCCGUUCUCAUCUGCGCCGUGAUUGCCUCUGUCGCUGGCAAGCCAGGACUGCUCCAUGCUCCUCUGGCUGCCCUUCCCGCACCCUUGGCCGCCCUUCCACCACCGCUGAUUGCUGCACCUGCUCCUGUUGUCACGGCCGCCAGCAGCCAGGUGGUUGCCAGGACUUUCAAUGGCAUUGCAGCUGCUCCGGUGAUUGCCCCCGUUCCAGUUCCUGUGGCUCCGGCUCCAGUCCCCAUUGUGCGAGCUGUGGCUCCUGCUCCGGUCCUGAGAACCUUGGCUGCUCCUUUUGCUGCUCCAGUUGCAGCUCCUUUGGCUGCUCCUUUUGCUGCUCCCUUGGCCGCUCCAGUUCCUGCUCCCUUCGCGGCUCCCUCCCGUUGCCACCCCCUUCGUCGCUCCCUACGCCCAUCCUUACGCUGCACCAGUUUUGGCCAAGUACGCGGCUCCCUUGGCCUAUGCCCCAGCUCCGUUGGGCUAUUCCGCCCGUGCCCUGUGGUGAAAACGCACAUAUACAUCUUCUACAUUCAGAAACCCCCAGGGAUUAAGUAA